AUCGACACAUAACCUGUUUGUCGUUGCCUAAUGUUGGAUAGUUUAAGAAUUUAUAUCGAAACAUAAUGUCGAAUUUAAUAUUAAGAUCUUUGGUGUCGUUAAAUAGAACUACUAAUAAUGUACUUAUAAAGUUUAGAUUCAUGAGUACAUCAAAAACUUUGUAUCAACAGUCUACUCUACCUUUUAAGAAUCCUAAGAAAAUAAAAAAGAAGUCACCAAUAACAUGGAAAAGCUUGACAAUUUCAAGUCUCAUUGGCACUGGUUUUUUGUUAUAUAUGUAUUACUUGAGAAAGGAAAAAGAUUUGGCUCUAGCACGGGAAAGGAAACGACAUUUGGGGAAAGCUAAAAUUGGUGGUAGUUUUGAGCUGAUUGAUACACAGGGGAGAACAGUAAAAUCCGAUGAUUUUUUAGGACAGUGGAUAUUGAUAUAUUUUGGAUUUACUCAUUGUCCAGAUAUUUGUCCAGACGAAAUUGAAAAAAUGACAAAUGUGGUAAAUAAGCUUGAAAAGGAAUACAACUUCAAGAUACAACCAAUUUUCAUAUCAGUAGAUCCAGAUAGAGAUACACCUGCUGUUGUAGACAAAUAUCUUAAAGAAUUCUCUGAUAAAAUUAUUGGUCUCACAGGUAGCAUAGACCAAGUUGCAAAAGUAUGCAAAGCAUACCGAGUUUAUUUUAGCAGUGGCCCUAAGGAUCAAGAUGAUGACUAUAUCGUGGAUCAUACAAUUAUCAUAUACUUGGUUGAUCCAGAAGGCUUAUUUGUUGAUUAUUAUGGACAAACGCAUGAUGUUGACAGAAUUAUAACCAGUAUUCUUAUGAACAAAUUGAAGAAUGAUCAGUUAGAUGGUAAAAAGCCUUCCUGGUGGCCGUCAUCACUGAAAGGAGUGUUAUAA